AAAAAUUUAAGAUAAAUGGUGCUUUUCAAAAGAGACUUAAUCUAUAUUCAACAAGAAACAACUUAGAAUCUUCUAUCCUAAAUCAAAGAUAUAUAUGAAUAUGUUCCUCAUCACCAGAACCAUGUUUUUAUGUGAAAAUUUGAAAUGAUCCCAAAAUUCCUCAUUUUAUGCCUAUUUUGUUUGGCAUCUUCAGUAUUAUCCCAAUCUCAUGAUUUGGUAUACUGCGGAAGUUGGCGGUUGUCAGUUGAAACAAACAACGCAGGGAAUUGGACAACCAUUCCUGAACGUUGCUAUGAGUAUGUGAAGGAGUAUAUGAAUGGUGAUCGUUACUUGUCCGACAUUAGCGUGGUUGCUGAAAACGCAUUGAAGUACGCAAAAAUGGUGCACAUUGUUGGUGAUGGAAAGGAUGCUUGGAUCUUUGACGUUGAUGACACUCUUCUUUCUUUCUUGCGUGGCUAUCAAACUUACGGUUUUGGAGCACAGGCACAAAAUAAAAAAGGCUUUAGAAGGUGGGCGCUACGAGGUAAGGUACCUGCUCUGCAGUCAUGCUUGAGGCUAUACAAAGAAAUACAACGACUUGGGUUCUCGAUCUUCAUUUUAACAGGCAGACCUGAAACUCUUAGAAACGUUACAGAGUCCAAUUUAUGGUAUGCUGGAUAUGAUCAUUGGCAAAGACUACUUUUGAGGAAUUCUACUGAUUUAAGCAAAUCGGCAACUGAGUAUAAAUCGGAGAAGAGAAAGGAGUUACAAGAUGAAGGUUAUAGAAUCCAUGGGAGUUCAGGUGAUCAAUGGAGUGAUUUGAGAGGAUUUGCAAUGGCUGAACGAUCUUUUAAAGUGCCUAAUCCAACAUACGCCGUAACAUGAUUGUCGCAUCUUCUGUGUGUUGGGCAUCGAAGGUUUAUUGAUUGCCUAUCCCUUGCCCAAUAAGACAUCAUUUUCAACUUUCUAUAGGAUCCAAUGGAACACUUGAUUUGAUUGUAAAAUUUGUGAAAUCCCUGGCUAGGAAUUAGGAUAUAAAUCCAAUAAAUUUGGUGAUGCCAUUUGAUUGUGUUAUAUUGUACUUUCGCACUAGCGUUUUUCAUUGAUAAGGCAUGGACAUUACCCACUUGAUUUUGUGCUAUGCUUGUGUUAUGUCUAGAGAUAGGUGGCAUUUAAGGGUCCGUGUUAGUGUUCGUGUCGGGUCUGAACUCGGCCUUUAAAUUGACUACUUUUAGGGUUGGAUUUAGCCCUGAAUCAUAAUAUUAAGGGUUUAAAUAAAAGAAUCUAGAUCCAAACUCAAAGUCAUAGAAGUAUUUCAUUAAGGUUGUGUUUGAAAAUAAGUCUUUCACUAUCGUAAAUUUCAAUUAUGAAUAAAGAAUUGGAGAAUGACAAAAUUAGAAAAGUCAUUAUCACAUUCUCAACUAAUUGGUGAGACAAUUUUUAUAGGAUUGUAGAUUGUGAAGUUUGUGAAUUAUAUAUAUAUAUACUUCAUCUAUCUUACAAAAAUUUAUCUCAUAAGCAUUUGGUGAGAAAUCCAAAAG